ACUGCACUUGGAUUUAUUUUCUACGUAAGAGGUUCUUCGUUGUUUACCCUUAACAAGUUGAGUUAAAGCCAGUAAAAAAUAUCCCUCAUACCGUGAAUCAUGAAAUCGUAUUUUUAAAUUAAGUGACAGGCUUGAGUGGAUCGUCCCCAAUUUAAGAUGUUCGCUAUUACUUUCACCGCACUGUCAGUACUUUGGCUGACAGGUACAAGGGCCAGUGUUCUCGUUGCUGACAACACAAUGUCAAGAAUGAUUGAAUUGAAUGCUGGUGUGCCAUUUUGCUCGCUUUACACUGAUCGUGGUGUAAUACAAAAGAUGAUCCUCGGUACUGACCCCAAAAAAGUAAGACAAAUGUCGAUGAAUCUUGUCACAGAUCUUGAAGAAACUUGUAAAGCUGCUCAAAACACAAAGCAAACGCCAGGAGGUGGGUUGAUCUACCCUGGAACGAAGUGGUGUGGCCCAGGAACUCUUGCAAAAUCCUACAACGAACUUGGUCAUCAUGCUGCUGAAGAUGCUUGUUGUCGGGAGCAUGAUCAUUGUCCAAUUGUUGUUAACCCACAUCAAUGCAUCAAAGGCAUCUGCAACAAAUCACCUUUCACGAGAUCUCACUGUGACUGCGAUGCCAAGUUUCGACGAUGUCUUCAAAAUCUCAAUACAGAAGUUGCGAAUACUCUUGGUGCACUUUUCUUCAAUGUCGUGCAGGUCACAUGCUUCAAGGAGAGACGUCCUUGUUCCCAGUGGCAAAGUUGUGAAUUAGCCCAGUGGGAACGAUCUCCCAGGUACAUGGCGCGAGCCUCCGCUCGCAUAUGGAGAUCACGAUCCCUAGCACUAUUUAAGAUUUUCAAAAAUCUAGUCACAGAUACAUUGCAACAUCAUCACAGGAAGAUACUCAGCAAACGUGUCUACCGUUUAUGAACGGAUACGGUGAAGCUGAGUCAGAUCGUCUCUGCUCACAGUACCAAUUUCGCCCAAGUGAAAAGUACGUACCGCUGAUGCCUCUCAAUAUGAACAUGUGAAUUCGGAAGCAACAAAAAACAGGACUCGACAAUCCGUGAUCCCAGAGUCGAGUUCCAGUACGAGGUUUUUUUUUAAAUAAGUUUUUUAAAAAUUCACGUACAGAAAAAGCCAUGAGUAGAAUUAUCAUUACGUCCGAAUUAACAACUGUUUAUACUGUACAAUUAAUUGGCUCACAUCUGUUUAUCAAUUCUAAAGGAUUUGAUGUGUCGGAGCUCAAUCUUCUAGGAUCGACCUCGUACUAUCUAAAUUUCAAAUUAAUUUCUUAUUCUGCAUGGGAUAUUAAUUAGCCUUCAUUUUUAUUUAGAAUGGCGGACAAAAAUUUUAUUAGAUUAAGUGACCCUCAGGUAGAGUCCUCACUCUCUAUUGUAUUUUUAUUAGCAUAAGAUAUUUGUUUUUUACUCCACUAAACGGAAUCUAUCGAGAUAAAAUCAGCUCCACAAUUUAAAUUAGUCUUCUUCACGGAGAGAAAUUCUUUGGAGAAAUUGUAGUGUCAGUACUGAAGUGAGAGGACUACUGACUGCGAAAGGAUUCUAUUGUCGAAUAAAAUUCUCGGAAAAUUUGUAUUCAAAUACCCAAAAUUAAUAUGCCAUAUUAAAUUAUUUCGUACGAAUACUGAGAUUUCUGAAAUUAUCUGAAGAAUUUGUCUCUGUGGAUUUUUUCUAUAAAAAAUAGACAUAUUAAUGAUGCACAGUUUCAAAGGAUAAAUGUGAUAUGAAACAGUAAUUUAUGGUUCUGUAAGAUAUUGAGAUUAUCACGAAGAUAAAAUACAAUAACGCGUUUUUAUGCGAAAACCAAAAUAAAGCAUAUCUUAGUAUAAUCCUUAGACUAUUCAGUGAUAAUCGAGAAAUACUGUUGAACGAUUGAGCCUGAAAGAGUCUUCGUUCGUGUAUUUUCAGGGAUUUUUAAAUAUUGCUGUCACGUAGUUAAAUAAUUAGUGCAAAGGAGAAUAAAAUGUACACAUUAUUACUGAACAAAACUAAUUAUCAAUAAUAAAUUUAUUCCCGAUAAA